AGGGGGUUCAACCUCCAGGGAAAGCUGUCUUCUCUAAACACAUCAGCACCCUCCCAUCCAGAGCCCACAGCCAGAGCGCAGGUAUGAGAGUCUUUUGUGGAGGCCAGCACCUGUGCAUGGGGUGUCGGGGGCGCCCUCAGGAGUCUAUCACCAUGAGCCACGCCAGAGCAAGAGUGGGGCCCGCUGGGGUCGGGAAGGAGUCGCGGGGGCCCCCCCAUGCGGGCACGGACAUCUCAGCCUGGGACGCGGAAGGAAGGAGCUGACGUGGCCCCUGAAGAGACAGAGUGCUGGAGGGCCUGGGCGAGAAGGGUUCCCUAGAGCUCCUGGAGCUGCAUGACCUAGGGGCCCCAGGUCUGUCUGGUCCUGCCCUCUGCCCCCCACCCACAACCGGUGCUCCCAGGAGGUGCGGUUGUCCAUGGUGACUGCACCCAGUGAUGACUCCCCCGGUCCCCAGGGGACUUCCAACCGCCUGUCGCCCACAGAGGAGGAGGAGCUGGAUGCCGACCUUCCUCUUCCACAUUUACGGGCUGAUCCUCAGAGAGAGUGCCAACAAGGAGCUGGUGAGAAGGCACCUGGCCGACCUCCUGGAGCUGUCCCACCAGUCAGCCAACCAGCGGGAGGGCAUCGCUACUGCCAUCGGUAUUGUGUCUUCCUCCCAUCUGCCGGCCGUCUGGGCAGUGCUGGAGCACCUGGGCCGCACCAGGCUCCUGCGGACCGCCUUCAUGUCCCCAGACUGCCAGCAGCUGGACCCCGACAGGCACUGGAGGUGGGUCAGCUGCACCUCCCUGCUCUGCUACGGGCGGAUGGCGCUUCACGCCAGGGAGCAGAUCCUGCCCUGGGUGGACAACAUCAUCUCCAGGAUGGUCUACUACUUCUCCUGCAGCUGCUACGACAAUAUCCUGAAAACCAGCUUCCUCUCGGCCGUCAUCAUGCUUAUGAAAGCUCUCAAGCAAGAGAACAGCACCCAGAGCUACAAAUUCUCUCAGAUACCAGAGCUUAUCCAGUGCCUCCUGGGCAUCCUCCAGAAGGAGCCCAACUUCCUGGCCACCCUCUUCCGGCAGAAGAUCAUACUGGUCAUUGUGGGACUGAGCAAACUACGGCCCAGUCUCAAACCCGUGGUCAAGUCCAGGAUCCUGCAGACCUGCUUGCAGAGCCUGUUCAUGCUCCCACCCAUGGAGAAGUUGAAGAGCUGCUUACCUCCGCUGGACUCGGCCCCAGACGUCAUGGUGCUGUACAAGAAAUCCAUGCAGGCGCUGGACCUGCUUCUCCAGAAUUUCAUCUCUGAGAACAAGAGCAUGGAUGAGAUGUGCUUCCUCCUGCAGCACAUGGAGCCCUGGCUGCAGUCAGACAAGAGCCAUGAGCGCAAGCGGGUGGUGCAGACCAUCUUCCCGCUCCUCAAGUACGUGGUGGACUACGUGACGCUCACUGAAGAGGCCACGCCCUCCCUGCUGGGCCACCAGAUAGGCCUGCUGGCGCUGCUGUGGCGGGACAAGGACCCGGUGACACAGAGCCACUCCCGCCAGUGCAUCUACCUGCUCCUCCAGCUCCUGAUCCAGCAGAAGGGGAGCACGGAGCAGUUCAUGCAUUUGAAUAAAAUGAAGAACUUUGAAGCAAAGGCCCGCAGAGAGUCAGAAAUGAGGUUCUACAACGUGGUGAAGGCCUUGAACAGGAGCCUGACCGUGGCCCAGCACACACAGCUCAGCCUCGCCCUCCUGGGAGGGCUGUGCAGCCAUAACUGUCUGCAGUGCGACCUGGCCUCGCAGCUGCUCCUGAUGAUCUUCGAGGACCGCAGCAUCAAGGCGGAGCAGGUGGCCGAGAUCCUGCAGGGCCUGUUCCAGGAGCUGCCCUCUAUCGUGUUCAAGAGCAUCCUGCAGACCAUGAUGAAUGGUGGUGACAGUGCUGGGGACUCAGUACCCCGAGGAGACAGUCGAGGUGAUACUGUCCCUGUGUCACCCCUCUGAGAGACAGGUCCUACCCCUGUGGAAGGCCCUGGCCAGCAAUACCCAGCUGGCCCGCAAGGUCCUCACCCUGCUCUAUGUGAAGCUGAAGCUGCGGCCCCCUAAGGAGCUCAUCAGGCU